CCUCUUUAGCUGCAGAAACUUGCUUCAACGUGAGACAAGCCAUUUUAGAGCUGCUCGACUCCUAGUACAGUCUGUCCUCCUAAGGCUUCAUACAAAAGAAAGAUUGCUUGCUUGACAGAAGACAAAGGAGGGGACGUAUUUAAACAGACUGAAGGAAAAUGGUCAACAAUGCAGUAAUAUUGGUCCUCUUGUGUGGAGAAAUUUGGGAAUCACUUUCCACUGAAAUACCUUCAAAUGUUUCCACAAAUGAAAGCAGCGUGUAUAUCAGCACCAGGAGCCCGGCAAAUGUUUCCACAAAUGAAAGCAGUGUGUAUAGCAGCACCAGGAGCCCAGCAGAGGACAGAUCUACCACAUACCAACUGCAAACAACCAGCCCCAGCAUGCAGAAGCCUGGAGGAGUUCUGACUGCUGGGACAACACUGCCACAGCUGCCUGAACUACACAUAGAGCCCACCAACGGCAGCUGGGUAGCAGCAAUGAUAAUGGGCAUUGUUUUGGUUGGUAUGGUGAUCGCUAUUAGUACCAUUGUUCUAUGGAAAUGCUGCAAGAAGCCGUUGCUAGCCGAUUCAAAUUGGGCAGGUCAGUCUCCAUUUGCAGAUGGAGACACUCCAGAUGCCUUUAUGGACUCUGGCCAGGCUACCAAACGUUCAUCAGUUUUAUUUAUGUUGCCUUGGAAAUUAAGAGAAGAACCAUUGGUACAACAUGACCCUCCUGCAUUAGAGAAACCACCCAAUGGCACCUCCAGCACUCAGCAGCCCCCAGCAGAGCACAGCUGCUCUGCCACCGACACUGCUGGAGCAACGGCCCCAGGCACAGAAGCAGCAAGCCCAGAACAGGUGCUGUGCCCACAGCUUGCUGAGUGCUCCGAGCUGCCUCCUCCCCCUGAAUGGCUGACUGGGCCAGCUGAGGAGCACGCCUCGGAUCCUGGCCAGCAAGAGGAACUUCCCUCGGAAAUGAAGGAACCAUAUCCCCCACCACCAGAGCUAAUUAUUGAAGCGACUUGUGAGCCUCUGCCACAGCCAGAAAACCCUCAGUAGACUGCCAAAAUAACUUUCCAAAACGCUUCUCAUUUUUCUUAAGUGAAGCACUCUUCAAAUAACUGAACUUCAAAUAACUGAAUAAUGGAGAAGUUGACACAGGCAAGAACAGUGAGACCGCAGCACGAGCAACAGCUCCCCAGCAUUUCUCAACAUCGGCUUUCACAAAAUGGGAAGCACCCCCCCUCCCUUUCUGCCUGAAACAAACCACGCCAGAAGACAGCACGCCUGGUGCCCACUGCACGGCCUAAUAGUGACUCCACUGUGCAGAUAACCAACAAUUCUUGAUAUUGGAGGCUGCAGAAAACUGUGUGUACCUUUGUGUGUCAGUACAUGAAACAUGCAGAUGGAUGUGGAGAGUAAAACUUUAGAGGGACUUGGAGCUUCUUGCAAAGGUUUGUUCUAUUAGACUAAAAUGAACGCAGUGAAUUCAAGUUAAUUUUAAUAAAGCUUUCUAAUUUGAAGAUGUUUUGGUUGCUUAAAGCAUAACAGAGUUAUUUGCUUAGAUACAAAGCUUCUAAUUCAAAACAGUCCAAAUGCUCUGGCAUGCAUACAUACAGACUGUCUCAUACAGAGGUCUAUUUUCUGCAUUAGAUUGAGAAACUGCUGGGGAACUCUGGAUGACAGGUAUUCAAAGCAAAUCCCCCAGCAGCUACCAGUCCUUUAUGAAGAGGAAGAAGAGCUCCAGAUCAAAGACUGAUGAAAUGCUUACUGAUGUAAAACCUCCCAUUACUUUGAGUUAUCUUUCAGUAAUAUAGUAGUAUAACUUUUGGUAGUAUAGUGAAAAAGAGGAUAUGGCUACAGACACAUGAAGAAGGGAAAGGUGGCAUUUGACCGAUAUACUUGGUGUUGAUGGAUGAAACGAACAGUCCACAGAACAUCUAGGCAAAUGACUAUUGGAAUUAGCUGCAUACGUUUACUAAUUUCUUCCUCUCAAGUAGGAUUUUCAGAAUUGAUUCAAUGUUAUUAAACUUGAAAAAAUGGUUUAAGGUUGUCUAGAUUGCAGGUUCCUUUAACUCCAGAUGUCCAGGUGUUGGAGAGGUUCCUUUCUGGGCCCCAAGUAUGAGCUGUUCACCAUCCUGACCAGAACCAUGCAUUUUUAUUUUACCUAUUUGACAAUAAAUUGAAGGGAAUCCAAGGUGAAUUAGAAACAUUUAUUUUACUGGCAUUUAAUGCCUAGAUUUGUAGAGAGAAGCUGCUGGAUAGCAAGGCUAGGUUUCCAUGGCAUCUCUGCAAAGAGACACGACAAAGAACUUGCAGCCUUGAGUUUGCUGGGGGAGGGAAUAUAUGUUUGGAUGUCACAUAUAUAUGUACCUAUUACAAUUGACUUUAAAUUUCAAAAACUACCAAUAAAAAUUAAGUCUUAAGUUGCA